AUGUUUCAGGUAAUUAUCGCUGUGUUCGUCCUGGCAGCACUGCUGAAUUUGGCCGCAGCUGACGGAGACUCAGAACACAAAAAAGUUAUCAUCCAUGUACCAUUUAAAGUACAAACAGUUCAUCACCACCACAUAAAAAAAAUUCCUAUUUAUCACUAUUAUGAAGAACAUGAUCAUCAUCAUCAUCAUCACCAUCAUCAGAAGAAAGAUCAUUUUGAAGAAGAAGAUCAUCACGGUCAUGAUGAUUGGGACUAAGAAAACAAGGAUCUGAAUAGAACACAUGGGUUUCAUCAAAGCAAGAUGUACGAAUGAACAAGAUCAAGAAGAGAAAAGUUACCAUCAUGCAUUUAACAGUUUCGUGACAGCAUUAUUGUUUUAAAUGCGCAAUACUAGUCAUGUUCUAGACCAAAAUAAUAUUAAGUUAAUAAAAAU